GUUUCUUGUGAUAUUGCUGCUCUUCAUCGCUGGUUUCACGUUACAUCCAGCUUAUCAGCCGGCAAAUGCGGAUGACGGACAAGUAAUGCGUUUGGCAUCGCCUGAGCAAACGCUCGAGAUGCUGUUCUUUUCGCUGUUCGGAUUGGUAGAGCCCGAUACAAUGCCACCACUGCAUCUGGUGCCCGAUUUUGCUAAAAUUAUCCUCAAACUGAUAUUCGGCAUCUACCUUCUUGUUACUCUAAUCGUUCUAAUAAAUUUACUGAUUGCUAUGAUGUCCGACACAUAUCAACGAAUUCAAGCACAAUCGGAUAAGGAAUGGAAAUUUGGGCGGGCAAUACUGAUCCGACAAAUGAAUAAACGUUCCGCAACACCAGCUCCCAUUAAUAUGCUUACAAAGCUUGUUGUUGUUCUCAAAGUAGCUUAUAGGAAUAAAUUGAAAAUGUGUACGCAAAAAGCGCAGCUGGAUUUGCGUCACGAGGAAAAUAUCGAUGCAUUUUCGAUGAGCGGUGACGCCGGUCGUGUUAGUCCAGCACUUCUGGCUGCUGAAGAUGGCGCCGAAGUACGAGGACAAGGUGAAGAAUUGGGCAAAAGCGAUGACUGGAACAUCGAAACAGUGAUCGACUGGAAACGCAUCGUCGCCAUGUACUAUCAGAUGAACGGUGAAGUACAAACGGAUGAUAUACAUCUGGAAGUACCGCCAUGAAU